GAAGCUGGGAAACAGGAAGCUAAAAAAAAAAAAAAAAUCUUGUCAACUUAAGUGCACGUAAGCUUCUGCCUCACAUUUUCUUGUGUUCUCCAAACCAAAGUUACGGUUAGAAAACUGGUCUUAUCUGGUCGCCACUGAAAGACCAAAAUGGGGUGCUUCUUUUCGAAAAAAUCCAAAAGAAAGUCCUCUGAAAAAGAGGAUCUUACGCCAACAACGACUGCCGAAGCUACGACGACAAGCAACGCGGUUCCCCUUGGCAACAACACCGACGAGGCACCGAAGCAAUACAGCUGGGAUAAGAGAGAAAAGGUUGAUCCCAAAGACUACAUGCUGACAGGGCUCAAAGAUGUCACAGUGGGCCGUCUGCCUGGCAAACUGAACGGGCAACAGUUUGUCAUCCAAGAGUGUGAGAACUGCAACAUCUACGUGUUCGACUAUUCGGCGACUAUCACCAUCGAUGACUGUGUCAAUUGCCGCAUUGUUCUAGGACCUGUCAAGGGCAGUGUGUUUUUCAGAGACUGUAAAGACAUCAAGUGCGUGGUGGCCUGUCAGCAGUUUCGCACACGGGACUGUAAAAAGAUGGAUGUGUUCUUGUGCUGCGCCACCCAGCCCAUCAUUGAGUCAUCUACGGGUAUGAAGUUCGGCUGCUUUCAGUACUUCUACCCCGAGCUGGCCUUCCACUUCAAGGACGCCGGGCUCAGCAUAUUCAACAACAACUGGAGCAACAUCCACGACUUCACGCCGGUGUCUGGAGAGAACAACUGGAGCUUGCUGCCAGAGGCUUCAGCGGUUCUGGAUUUUAUACCGUCCCCGGACCCCGAGUCUGAAUUCAAGUCUGUUCGAAUCUCCACUGAACCCACACGCAGCAUUGUGCCUUUGACAAAGGGAGGGAGGCGUAAGGACAGUGAAGAGUCCUGCCUCUUUGUUUUCUUCGCUGGAGAGUACACCACUGCAAACGCCCGCAAACUGAUUGAUGAGGCAACUGCUAAAGGUUUUGUGCUGAUCCAGACGAAGGAAGUCUCAAUGCGACCUGAAGAUGUGAAGAGAGUGUUUCAGAACAGUGCAGAGGAUGUCGUGGAGUGGAUCACCAAAGGUCCUGUUAUUGCCCUCGAGCUGAACGGAGACGGAGUUGUGGAAGCCUGCAAGAACCUCGCUAAUGAAGUGUUCAGUGGGACCAAGGUUUUCGUCUCUGAUAACAAAAAUACGUCCUCUCGAGACGUGGACAGCUUCUUCAACUUCGCUGACAUGCAGAUGGGCUUGUGAAUGAUUAAGUGUCAAAACAAACCGCUCGUCAGACGUCGAAUCUGAUUUUCUAAAUUCCCCGCCGUCCAGCUCGGGUUGAAUAUGAUUAGCGUUUGAUUAUUUGCCUGUUUUUGUCCUCAGAAAUUAGGUAGGAAUGAAAACUAUUAAGGACUGUGUUUGAUAAAGCCUUGGAUAAAACAAUUCAGUUCAUCAACCAUGAGUCUACAGACUGAAAUUCGUCCUAAAACAUUUGCUGUAAACCACGAAAUAUCCAUUAGUUGCUAAGAGUGCUGUGAAUAUUUAUAUUUCCAUGAAUGUAUUCUGUAAUUCUGUUGCUUUUAUUGAUUGUGAAUGUAGCUCUUUGAUGUAAAUGUAAUUCAUUUUAAUUUAAAGCUUUCUUUACUGUCUGACACAGUCGUUGCAGUGGAAAAACCAUGAGCACAAGAAUGCCCGAGAGAAAAUAUUUUAUAUAUAUCUAAAUCAUAUUUUAAUUUCUUUGAAGGAUUUAUUUGUGUAUGUGGUUUAGAUAAUGGACUUGUUUAAAAUAUGUAUAUUUGAGACAUGCUGUGUAGACAAAACUACAUCUUUCUUAUUGAUAUCUGUUAGGCCAAAGUUGAAUUGUGAAAGUUUGAGUGUAUCUUGCUGUUCAUUCAGAUGAACUGAUCGGUUUACACUAAAUAGUGUAAACACUUGUAAAAAAGAGUUUUCGAUGUAGGCAACUCGUGUAAUCUUUUUUUAUUUUUUAUUUUGUAAUAUUUGUUUCAUACUCUACUGAAUGUUUUUGUAUAGACACAAAUUAUUGUUCUUUAUUAUAAUUUUCAGUAAAAAAAAAGUUUGACUUCAAGUGUGACUUAAUUUUGUUAUCAGGCUUUUCACACCUGUACUCUGAAAGUGAGUGGAUUUGGAGGAGGGGGCCGUGUGUUACAGUGAUUCUGGUUAGAGGGUGACAAACUUGAGCCAAUGCAGAUAACAGCAGUCUGUAAUCACAAUAUAGUAAAUAAUGUAGUUUUUCUAUCAUCAGCAAAACCACUUGGCAUUCUGUUUGCCCAUUCUAAUUGGAUCAACUGGUCCUUUUUUUUUAUAAAUAUGAGCAAUUGAAAAGUUUUUUUAGAGGCUGUAAAUGUAAAUACUCCUGUACUGACUGUAUGUAUUUUGUGUUAAGAUGGUAAUAAGUUAUGAAUACCACUAAUUAGUGAAUUAUUUUCCUUGGUGUUGUUAUGGAAGCGCAUUGCUUAAAUAUUAGAGAUUAGUUUCAUUUUUCGAACAGAAAAAUACAAAUUCCAGUGUUUUUUUCUGAAGUGGAGUGAAUCAUGGGUUUUGAAUUGGCAAGUUCAUUAACAAUGUGCUGGCUUCCUCAGUGAAUCAGUUAGCAGCUUUCACUUCAGUUAUUUGACUGUCACCUACCUAAACAGCAUUUCAUCAUUUGGCUUACUACUGAUUGAUCCAGCCAAUGGCUUACAGUUUGACUUCACCCAGUCUGUGUUGGGGCCUGACUGUUAUUCCUUUAUCAAUGAUAAAAUACAUUGCAACACAUUGCACAUUCAGUUAAAGCAAAAUUUAGCCUGAUGUAUCAAACUAUUUUGUACAGUUGCCUUUAAGAAAAAAAUACAUAGGGACUUCUUGUGAUGUGAUUUUGUUUUUGUAAACCUUUUGUACUUGAGCAUACAGUUUUUGUAGAGCAAUUUGUCUUCAUGAAUGCACAUUUGUCUGUAAUUUGAUGUUUCAACACUAUAAUGACACCCUGUCUUUAUAAAAAGAGUCACAUUAAAAGCCGUAGAAUAUCUGAAAA